CCCCGCGACGCGAGCGGUGGCGGGGGAGCUUCCGCCGGCCGGAAGAGGCGCCACUUCCGCUCUCCUUCCCUCGCCCGCUUUCUGGCUCGGGCGGCGGCGAGUGGCGGACGGUGGCGCGAUGGAGGAGAGCGACUGGCGCAGCGCCAACUUCAGACAGAAGCUGGUCACGCAGAUAGACGAGGCCAUGAGGAAGGCUGGAGUUGCUCAUAACAAGUCCAGCAAAGAAAUGGAGAACCACGUGUUCAUGAAGGCCAAGUCACGGGAAGAAUAUCUCUCCCUCGUGGCCCGGCUCAUUAUCCACUUCCGGGACAUCCACAACAAGAAGUCCCAGGCCUCCGCCACUGAUCCCAUGAAUGCCCUGCAGAACCUCACGGGCGGGCCGCCAGCGGGAGCAGCGGCCAUGGGGAUGGCAUCCCGCCCUCCGGGAGCCCCCAUGGGCAGUCUGGGCGGACACGGCCCCAUGGGGCAGCCGAUGGUGCACGGUCCAGGGCAGCAGCCUCAGGGCCCUGCUGGGCUGGCCGCUCACGGCAUCCCGGGCAUCAACACAGCAGCCCAGCCAACGCCACUCCAGCUCCAGCAGAUGGCUGUGCAGCAGCAGCAGCAACAAUUCCAGCAGCAGCAGCAGCAACAGGCCGCCUUGCAGCAGCAGCAGCAACAACAGCAGCAACAGUUCCAGCAGCAGCAGCAGCAGCAGCAGACGGCCAUGCAGCAGCAGUUCCAGCAGCAGGCGGCGGCGGCCGCAGCCCAGGCCCAGCAGCAGCAGCAGCAGCAGAUGCAGGCGGUCCAGCAGCAGCAGCACCAGCACCUGAUGAAGAUGCAGCUGCAGCAGCAGAGCCAGCAGCAGAUGCAGCAGCAGCAGCAGCAGCAACUGCAGAGAAUUGCUCAUAUCCAGCAGCAGAUCCAGGCUGCCCAGGCCAUCCAGGCACAAGCGCAGCAACAACAACAACAACAGCAGCAGCAGCAACAACAGCAACAGCAGCAACAGCAACAACAGCAGGCCUCCCCAGCACAACAAGUGAUGCAGCUACAGCAGCAGAUGCAGCAGCAGCAAGUGGGUCAGGCUCAGCCGCCUCCGCUGGUGUCGCAGGCCCAGCCGAUCCCGGGGCAGAUGCCCGGGCAGGUCAUGCCUGUGACUCUCACGCCCCAGCAGAUCAAAGCCAUGCAGGUAAGAGCUCUGCAGCAGCAACAACAGCAACAACAACAGCAGCAGCAGCAACAGCAACAACAACAACAGCAACAGCAGGCAGCCGCUCAGGCUCAGGCUCAGGCUCAGGCUCAAGCUGCUCAGAUGGGAGCUUCAGGACAGAUGAUCACCGCAAGUAUGGCCCGAGGUGGGAUGCAAAUAAGACCACGGUUCCCGCCUGCCACCGCUGUCUCUGCCACGCCUCCAAGCACCAUUCCUUUGGGUGGACCGCAGAUCCCGCAGGUCAGCCAGAGCAGCCUCCCCAUGAUGUCGUCGCCCUCGCCGGUCCAGCAGGCCCAGACGCCCCAGCCGAUGCCCCCGCCGCCCCAGCCGCAGCCCUCGCCCCAGCCCACCUCCCAGCCCAACUCCAAUGUCAGCUCUGGCCCCGCCCCGUCUCCUGGCAGCUUCCUGCCCAGCCCGUCUCCGCAGCCCUCCCAGAGUCCAGCCGCUGCCCGCACCCCACAGAACUUCAGCGUCCCGUCUCCAGGACCGCUCAAUACUCCAGGCAACCCCAAUUCGGCCGUGAGCCCUGCCAGCUCCAGUCAGUCUGAAGAGCAGCAAUACCUGGAGAAACUCAAGCAGCUGUCCAAGUACAUCGAGCCGCUGCGAAGGAUGAUCAACAAGAUCGAUAAGAACGAAGACAGGAAGAAGGACCUGAGCAAGAUGAAAAGCCUCCUGGACAUUCUGACGGAUCCCUCCAAACGUUGUCCUCUGAAGACCCUCCAGAAAUGUGAGAUCGCUCUGGAGAAGCUCAAGAACGACAUGGCGGUGCCCACCCCCCCACCCCCUGCAGUGCCUCCGACAAAGCAGCAGUAUCUGUGCCAACCCCUGCUGGACGCAGUGCUGGCCAAUAUCCGCUCACCGGCCUUCAAUCAUUCCCUCUACCGGACAUUCAUGCCAGCGAUGACGGCCAUCCACGGCCCACCCAUCACGGUCCCAAUAACGUCCCCUCGGAAGCGGAAGUAUGAAGAGGAGGAAAGGCAGACCAUACCAAAUGUAUUACAAGGGGAGGUCGCAAGACUUAACCCCAAGUUCUUGGUGAACCUGGACCCCUCCCAUUGCAGCAACAAUGGCACAGUCCACCUCAUAUGCAAGUUAGAUGACAAAAAUCUUCCGAAUGUUCCACCGCUCCAGCUGAGUGUUCCAGCCGAUUAUCCAGAUCAGAGUCCCCUGUGGAUUGAUAAUCCUCAACAGUAUGAAGCAAACCCAUUUCUGCAGUCGGUGUAUCGCUACAUGAUGUCCAAGUUGCUGCAGCUUCCCGACAAGCACUCGGUCACAGCACUCCUGAACACCUGGGCACAGAGUAUCCGCCAGGCCUGCCUGUCUGCUGCCUAGCAGUCUCCCCUGGCUGGGCCUUAGCUGGAAAAAUAAGAGCCCAGCAGGGCCGGAAUGUGAGAAGCAGAAGCCUUAACUUGUUUGUUUACUAGGAGUCAGGUUUUAUAAAAUGCAAAUUAAAACAAAAAACAAAAAAACCCUGAUGUUAGGUCUAGUGCUUGUGCUUCUGCCUUUGUGGACUUGAUGCAUCUGAUGGGACUUGGCGGGUCUCCAGGCAGACGUGUUAGCAAGGUUUUUUUUUUUAAAAAAAAUGUCUUCUUAGAGAAGAAUUUGUGUAGACUUCUGUCACGGAGUCUUGCUACUAUAAGGAAAGAAGGGACAGUGUCCUUCAGACUUUGUCCAGUGCCAGUAUAUGCAUGUGUGCUAGGCCUCGGCCGCAAGCAAAGGGGCAGCAUUCAAGGGUGAGUGGAGCCUGUGAUCCCCAAACACACAAGCCCCAGCCCGAAGACUGUGGCGGCUCCUCGAGGCAACGGGGCAAGUGGUGUCCGCCUCCUGCCUGCAAAACCGAAGCGGCUUCACUCAGCACUGGCUUUGCUUCCUGCUGACGUUCGUGGCAUUUCAGAAGUGUUGCUGUUUCCAGCCCUCAUCAAAACAGCAGCCCGUUUGCUGUGGCUUCUGUAAAUCUGCACGAUUGCUGGGCCAACUGGAGGACGUUCUUAAAAAUCUACUUAGUCAGCACUGAUUGCAGUACAACGGCAUCAAUAUUUUAUUCAUGAACUAAGGAAUUGGUUUAUUGUAAUAAAUGUAUUAUUCCUGUG